CGGUUUUCUCAAGCAAUGAUCUUUGCGAUUGAGGAGAUCAACAACAGCACAGAGCUGCUGCCGGGCAUCAAACUGGGACAUCAGAUCUAUGACUCAUGCGCCUCUGUGCCUGCAGCUGUCCAUACUGCAUUUCAAAUUUCAAAUGGUCAGGACCCUGUGUUCUACACGGACAGCAAAUGUUCUCAGUCUGGUAUGGUGGUGGCUGUUGUUGGAGAGUCUGAAUCCACACCGUCUAUCAGCAUGUCACGCAUCAUCGGACCCUUCAACAUCCCUAUGGUCAGCCACUUUGCCACCUGUGCCUGUCUGUCAGACAAGCAGCAGUACCCAACAUUUUUCAGAACCAUUCCCAGUGACCAGUUCCAGGCUGAUGCACUGGCCAAGCUGGUGAAACACUUUGGCUGGACUUGGAUAGGUGCGGUCCGCUCUGACUCAGAUUAUGGAAAUUAUGGGAUGGCAUCUUUUCUUGCUGCAGCACAGAGAGAAGGAAUCUGUGUGGAGUACUCCGUAUCCUUCUAUCGAACCAACCCACAGAGCAAGAUCCAGAGAGUCGCUGAAGUCAUUCGCAGAUCAACAGCAAUGGUUGUUGUGGCAUUUGCAUCUUCUGGAGAAAUGAGUGUGUUGCUUGAGGAGCUGACUCGGGAACCGUCAGCUCCUCGUCAGUGGAUCGGAAGUGAGUCCUGGGUAACUGACCUAGACCUGAUGAGCUACAGUUUCUGUGCAGGAGCCAUCGGAGUUGCCAUUCAGAAAUCUGUCAUCCCAGGUCUGAGAGAAUUCCUACUGGAUGUUUCUCCCACGGAAGUAGCUGCCUCUUCUGUGCUUACAGAGUUCUGGGAGGAUGCGUUUAACUGCAGCUUAAAAAAAAGGGUGGAAUCAGACAAAAGAGUGUGUGAUGGAACUGAAGACAUAAAGGCACUGAAAAGCCCGUACACCGAUACUUCUCAGCUAAGAAUCACUAACAUGGUAUACAAGGCUGUAUAUGCUAUAGCUCAUGCUAUUCACAAUUCUCUAUGUGGGAAAACAAAUGUCACCACUAAGUGUCAAAAAGACAUUAAAUUGGAGCCCAAACAGUUUAUUUCGGUGCUGAAGAAAAUAAACAUAUCACCAAAUGGUUACCCAGUGUCAUUUGAUGUGAACGGAGAUCCCGUAGCUUUCUAUGAGCUGGUCAACUGGCAAAAGAGUGACAAGUCAGUAAUAGAGUUGGUAACAGUAGGGUACUAUGAUGCAUCACUGCCCAACGGCCAAGAAUUUAAUAUCAAAAAGAAGAUAACUUGGGUAGAUGGUGGCACACAAGUCCCAGCAUCAGUGUGCUCUGAGAGUUGUCCUCCAGGAAGUCACAAAGUCCUGCAGAAAGGAAAACCCAUCUGCUGCUAUGAUUGUAUACCAUGUCCUGAAGGAGAGAUUAGUAACACGACAGAUUCUCCAGACUGUUUCCCGUGUCCCAGUGAAUCGUGGCCUAAUGCACAAAGAGACGCUUGUUUCCCCAAACCUGUGGAGUUUCUUUCCUAUGAUGAAGUCCUGGCAAUCAUCCUGGCUGCAUUCUCUGUUAGUGGGGCCUGUCUGGCCAUCAUAACAGCAGCUAUUUUCUUUCAUCACAGAACAACUCCAAUUGUCAGAGCCAACAACUCUGAGCUGAGCUUCCUGCUGCUCUUCUCUCUGACUCUGUGUUUCUUAUGUUCAUUAACUUUCAUCGGAGCUCCCUCUGAUUGGUCCUGCAUGCUGCGACACACAGCGUUUGGUAUCACCUUUGUUCUCUGUAUCUCCUGUGUUCUUGGCAAAACUGUAGUGGUUUUAAUGGCCUUUAAAGCUACACUUCCAGGUAGUAAUGUCAUGAAAUGGUUUGGGCCUCUACAACAAAGAAUGACUGUUGUGUUUUUUACAUUUGUUCAAAUUAUAAUCUGUACUCUGUGGCUGUUACUCAGCCCUCCAUUCCCAAUGAAGAAUCUGAGCACAUACAAGGAGAAGAUCAUCCUGGAAUGUGCAUUAGGUUCUGCUGUUGGGUUCUGGGCUGUGCUCGGGUACAUUGGCCUGCUGGCUGUUUUCUGCUUUGUGUUAGCUGUUCUAGCUCGGAAACUACCUGAUAAUUUUAAUGAAGCCAAGCUGAUAACCUUCAGCAUGCUGAUAUUCUGUGCAGUGUGGCUCACCUUCAUCCCAGCAUAUGUCAGCUCUCCUGGAAAAUUGACUGUAGCUGUGGAGAUAUUUGCUAUUCUGGCCUCCAGUUUUGGACUGAUUCUGUGUAUAUUUGCUCCAAAGUGUUUCAUCAUCUUAUUUCAGCCUGAGAAGAACUCUAAGAAGUCUUUAAUGAAUGCAAAUAAAAUGUAAAAUAUCAGCAUGAUAAUAUUGAAUAAUCAUGCCAAUAAGAUUAUAGCCUUUAUUGCCAAUUCUUAUUUCACAUUAUUAUGUAAUAAAUUUAUAAUCAUAAAUUAAUUUCCAGAAGAAAUGA